AGCGCCAGACGAAGAAAAUUGAAGAAAUAACCACGGUUUUCACCUAAAAAGUUGCCAAUGGAUCGAAGCUCACAUGCAGCCUACAUUUCGCUUCACCCUCUAGCGGACAAUGGAACACGCUGGAGUAAUACAUUGCAGGCUCAGCUGUUUUAGUCACGUUUGAAGAUGGCUGGAAAAAGUAUAGGGUCUGGAAUUUCUUCUUUAUUACAAGGAUCGUGCAAAUUUUGCAAGCAACAAACAGUUUGGUUCAGGAGAUAUCCACAGACAUGGUCCAGAGGUUUACAGACAUCAGCAGUUCGAAAUGAACAGCUCUUUGACAAGAUUCUUAUUGCAAACAGAGGAGAGAUUGCAUGUAGGGUCAUGAAAACAUGUAAACUUCUUGGAAUUAAAACUGUUGCAAUCUAUAGUGAAGCAGAUGCAAAUGCUCUGCAUGUCAAAACAGCAGACGAAUCCUUCUGUGUUGGUCCUCCCCCCACAAAUCAAAGUUAUCUCAACAUGGAUGCCAUCAUGGAGGCCAUAAACACAACAGGAGCUCAAGCGGUUCAUCCUGGGUAUGGUUUUCUAUCAGAAAAUGACAAGUUUGUUGCAAUGCUGGAAAAAGCUGGUGUCACCUUCAUAGGACCAAAUGCCGCGGCAAUACAAGCCAUGGGAGAUAAGAUUCAAAGUAAACUGAUCGGCAAGAAGGCUGGAGUUAGCAUUAUUCCUGGGUUUGAAGGAGUUGUAAAGAAUGAUGAAGAUGCAGUCAGAAUAGCAAAUGAGAUAGGUUAUCCGGUCAUGAUAAAGGCUUCUGCCGGUGGAGGUGGCAAAGGAAUGAGAAUUGCUUGGAAUGAUGAGGAAACAAAAGAAGGGUUCCGCCUUUCCUCCCAAGAGGCAAGAUCCAGUUUUGGAGAUGACCGUUUAUUAGUGGAAAAGUUUAUUGACAAUCCAAGGCACAUUGAGAUUCAGGUACAGAAUGCUGCAUUUGGGAAUCUGGUGUAUGUGAAUGAAAGAGAAUGUUCAAUUCAGAGACGGAACCAGAAAGUAAUAGAAGAAUCGCCAAGGGAUGCAUUAAGUCAUCCGCUGAACAUCACGCAAGCUGAUAUUCCCAUCAAUGGCUGGGCUGUUGAGUGCCGAGUGUACGCUGAGGAUCCAUACAAGAAUUUCGGUCUUCCGUCCAUUGGAAGGUUAUACAAGUAUAUUGAACCAACACAUCUGCCAAAUGUUCGCUGUGACAGUGGUAUCAUUGAAGGAAGCGAGAUAAGCAUUUACUACGACUCCAUGAUAUCAAAGCUGGUUACCCAUUCGCCGACAAGAAAUGAAGCUCUUGAUCUGAUGAACAAGGCUUUGGAUUCUUAUGUUAUCAGAGGUGUCACAUACAAUGUUUCACUUCUCCGUGAUGUUCUGAACCAUCCCAAAUUUCGCCUCGGAACCAUCACCACGAAGUUUCUUCCUGAGGAGUACCCAAGUGGAUUUAAAGGUCAUCAGUUAACUGAGGAAGAAAGAUAUGAACUGCUGGCCACGACAGCUUAUUUCUUCGUGCAGAGAGCAAGAAAAGCUAUGGCCUUCAAGAACCAAAGCAAGCUCAAUGCAGUGAGCAAACAACCAUCAACCUGGGACCUGGUAAUCACUCUGCAAAAAGCCGAUUAUCCAGUUGUGAUACAGGCCAAGAAAGAUGGCAUUUUUGAGGUCAGCAUGGAUGGAAAACAAGUAGAUUUCAACACCUCUUCUGGGCUGUCAGAUCCAGUAUUCGGUGCCAAGAUAAAUGGAAAAGACGUUUUAUUACAGACGUUGAAGAAAGAGGGAAAUCUUUUCGCAAUCCAGCACUAUGGGACAACAUACAAGCUGCGAGUGCACACGAAGGAUCAGUACGAGUACAUGAAGUACAUGCCAGAGAAACAAGAGGAGGACAUGUCCCCAUUCCUCAAGUCGCCCAUGCCUGGCACCGUGGUAUCAAUGGCUGUUAAUGUCGGUGACACGGUCCAUGAAGGACAGGAGCUUGCAGUGGUGGAGGCAAUGAAGAUGCAGAACAGUUUGCAUGCAGGGCUUUCUGGAACUGUAAAAAAGGUGAAUUUUAAAGCCGGAGACAAAGUUGGUGAAGGAGAUAUUAUGGUAGAAAUUGAACAUCACCCCGACCACUGAGACUGCAAUUCUUUUUUAGGACGAAGAGGCUAUCACAAUUUUUGGGUCACGUGACUUUUUGAAUUCGUGUUAGUGACUUCUGUGCACAAUGGAAACUGGAAAUGCCAGUGACAAUAUGAACUGACUUCUUUGUACCCAUGCAAAUGACUCCUCUAUGAAGCUGCAAUAGCUGACCUGCUAAUGAAGUGGGAUGCUCGUGUAUGCCUAUUUUUAUGAACCUGCAAGUGACCUGGUAAUCACAGGCGUGUGGGUAAUUAAAGGCGUCCGCGCGCGAUUGAUUUACGUAUGAACUCGAAGGUGACUUCUAUGUGCAUGCACAGUUGACUUCCGCGUAGACGUACAGGUCACACCUGCUUGUGUGCGCAUGCGUAAGGGACUUCAGGGAGCAUGCUGAAGGUUUACUUCCACCUGAACCUGGAAAGUGCCAAGUGACCUUUGCAUGCACGCGUAAUUAACUAUUUUGUGUGGUGGCACAAGUGACUUCUUCGAGUGUGCGCGCAGGUGACGUCUGCGUGCACGCAUGUGUAACUUCUACAAGCACGCCUAAAUGACUUAGGCGUGUGACUUCAAUGGUUGCACGCAGAUGACACCUGCAUACGCACGCGCUGAUGACUUUUGCCUCCACAAGGUGACAUAUCGUACGUGAAAAAUUUCGUCAACUAUUUGGUAAAGGUUGACAUUAUAUUAAGUCAUAAUCUCAGUGAAACGUUAUGUUAGUACAUAGUUGAAUAUGCAUUGCUUGAAAACCGAAAAUAUUAUUUUUUCUCCAAAACUUUGUUAGAACUUCUUGAAAAUAUUAUAGCGAUGUUGUAAAAUAGUUUGGAACCUCUAUUCGAAGAGUGAAACCAAUUCUCCAAUCAAAAAAUACCAUGAACACUCAA